AUGCAGGCUCCUCCGCCCCAGCCGUCGCGGUCUCCUGCUGGACUCGGAGCGCCAGCAGCGCAUCUGGGCCGCCGCGCUGGCGCGCCAAGACCUGGGCGGCUUGCGGCCGGGAGAUUGCGCCGUGCUGGCCGUGCUGGCGCCACUGACCCCCUUGGAGGUGCAGGAGGAGGUGGUGGCGAUUCUGGAAGAGGACUUAGGCUGCCAAAGGUUUUGGUUUCCACGUGCAGCCUCUCCUUUGGCUGGCUGACUGGCUGCUUCGCUGAGGUCAGCUGCAUCGAGUCCUCCUGUGUGGCGCUCAAAAGCCCAGGGGUGUCGGCGCAGCUGCUGGCGUGCUCCCCUUCCCCAUGCUGUACGGUGCUGGGCCUUGGCUUUUCCGCCAGCUUUGCCCAACCCUGCGUGGAGGGCAAGGCCAUUGCGUCCGCGGGGCGCCGCAGCUGCGUGGGAGGGCGCAUCCUCACCAACCUCUUGAUGGAGAGCCUGAAGCUCCGGCACCUGGAUCUCUCAAAGGCGUGGCUCACCGUCGAAGACAUCUUCACAAAGACUUGUCGGGUAGCUACGGACAUUCGCCUGGAAGAGGGCGAGCCGGUGAACUAUGUGCUGCCGGACUUCCAGGAGCGCCUCCAGGGGUUCGUGGCUGCCGAAGUGCCUGAGGGCGCCCAGAGCAUCACCCUGACCCGCGAGCGCUGCGUCAUUCCGGAGGCGCUCUUCCGGCCGCAGGACCACGGCAUUCCAGCUGCUGGCCUGGCAGAGCUGGUUCACCAGGCGAUCCUCGCGGUGCCAGAAAUGCUGCGUCCCCACUUAGGCCGCGUGGUGCUCUGCGGCGGCCUCGCGCGAUUGCCGAACCUCCCGCGCCGACUCAGGGCAGAGUUGCGGCGGCUGCUGCCCAGCCAUUGGCCUGUAGAGAUCCUCCUGGAGGAUCACCCGGAGCUUUCGGUUUGGCGAGGCGCAGCCCAGCAUGCCCUUCACGCCGGGCAUUCCGAGGCCGCCGCGGCAACUCCAGGAGUAUCGGGUGCAUCGCCGAGCGCGCGGCGUGGUCGAGGUCGUGGCAAAGGAGCUGUGAGCCGUGCAGGAUCUGCCAAGAUGCCAUCUGGGAAGUCUCCAGCGCAACGCAAGCGGCCACCCUCAACGAUCUCAGCGGAUGUGGAGGCAGAGGAAGAUGCGGCCGCCUUGCCGACCGGCGCUGUGUCACUUGGCGAGCCGGAAUCUACGCCGGCACCCAGGCUGAAGAGGAUUUCCCGCAAGAUGUCGGUGGAGGGAAAGAGUGCAGCGUGA